AUGGCGAGUCCCAACGACCUCAACCUCGACGCGCCUAGCGAUCUCACGGACAUACCAGAUAUUGGCAUGGCAUUGGUUCCUCCACCAGAGGGAACAUAUCCUGACAAAGCUACUUUAUUGGCUGCUGUCCAGGCACAUGGCAAACAACAUGGCUACAACGUGGUUGUGAAGUCUUCCAGCACCCCGACUGAGAAAAAGCCAGGGCGUACUGCUAAAGUUUGGCUGCGCUGUGACCGCGGCGGUCACUAUCGUCCGCGUAAUGGCCUUACGGAAGAGACUCGCAAACGUCGUCGUACCUCCCGUCUCAUGGAUUGCCCUUUCAUGCUGGUCGCGGCCGGUUCUCCUGGAAUAUGGACUUUGAGCGUACUGAACCCGACUCACAAUCAUGGACCUGUGGUCGAGAAGCCUCGGCAAGUGCCUCACCACAAAGUUCGCAAGGGCCAGCUGCCUGCGCUGCCAUAUGACUGGCCACAUGAUGCGACAUUCACCCCUUAUACUACUGCACUCGUCAUCAUCGAUAUGCAGAAAGACUUUUGUUCCCCUGGGGGAUAUAUGGAGUAUCAGGGCUACGACAUCUCUCCUAACCAAAAUCUGAUCCCACGCCUCCAGCGCCUGCUACAUGUCUUCCGCUCUGGGGGAUUCCAGGUCUACCAUACUCGCGAGGGACACCGACCCGAUCUUUCAACUCUGUCCAGUCGGGAAGCCUACCGUUCUCGGAACAAUGCAUCGGGCCUUGGCAUCGGCUCUCCAGGUCCAUUAGGUCGACUCUUGAUCCGAGGAGAGAUGGGCCAUGACACUAUUGAUGAACUCUACCCAGCUCCUGGAGAGCCAGUCAUUGACAAGCCCGGGCGCGGCGCAUUCUCACACACCGACUUUGAACUCAUCCUGCGGAAUAAAGGAAUAAAAAAUCUCGUCAUUGCCGGUGUCACCACGGACGUCUGCGUCUCGACCACCAUGCGCGAGGCAAAUGAUCGUGGGUUCGACUGCGUUGUCCUUGAGGAUGGCACGGCGGCAAGCGAGCCAUCUCUUCACGUCAGCACGCUUGAAUCUAUCAAGAUGGAAGGUGGCAUAUUCGGUGCUGUCGCCAAACUCGAAGACGUCGUUCACGCCGUUGAAAACUUCAAGGCCGUCACUAUGAAGAAGCUGGCUCCUCAGAUGACCGUUUGA